GUGUCUUUGGCGAGCCUCGUGGACCGGAAUAGGUCAUCCAGUGCCCCAUGCGCAGUGCAGCGACGUGCGCCACGGCCUGCGCCGGACUUCCGGCAGACGGAGGACUGGCAGCGCGCCAAUGAAGUGAGGCAGCGGAGGGGCCGCGAGAGCGUGGAGCAGUCGCAGAAGAAGCUCGAGAGGAAGCCUGGUCUCAGGGUGCCGAGCUGCGGCAGCAGCCGCCAGACGCCAGUGUCGGAGGCAAAGUUCCCAUCUUCGGUGGGGAGUACACUCGAAGGAGAUGCCCUGGAUGAAGCAUCCUCUUCUUCGUCCAGUCAGGGGGAGACGCUGAACCAGCCGGAUGAGGAGCUAAACGAUGCGACCUCCGAGUGUAAGCCGGGACUUUCUCCCAGGUUUGCGCGGCCUGCUGGCCCAGCCAGGAUCGGACCUUCGAUUCCGCUCAGCAGCCGCCACCCCUUCAUCGGCCGCCCACGUGUGCGAGAUCCGGAUCUGCUGAUUCAGUGGCCCCACGAAGCUGAUACCAAUGCAACCUGCUUAGCUGAUUUUCCACCCUGGCCCCAUGAAAUGAGCCAGUGA